AGUUCUUCGAUGAUUGGUUUUGUAUAACUUUUUUGAUAACAUUUCGAUGAAGUUAUACAUAUUGAUGAAUGUGAUUUUGGGUUCGAGACUACGAUGACGAUCUCCCUUAGCGCCAUCUACUGAAAACAAAAAUGGUGGUCAACAAUAUGCCCUAUCCCUGCCCUCGUUUUAUGGCACGCCAAAUGCCGCCGUUGCCUAGGUUCCUUUCUAUUAUGUAUUUCCUGCGGGCUGAGAUAUCUAAUUUCCAUGUGAGGAUCGUUUUGCAGCGGCCGCGCCCACAUUUUGUGUGAAAUAAGUGUGGCUGUUUCUAACCAAACAGUACGUGAAUCAAAACUAUGGAAUAUAUUCGCAUUUAAUAUAACCACACUCGUGUUAUUUGUCAUGUAAUUUUGCCUUAUGUAAUGUAAAUAAUGUGGAUAAAUGUUGACGCAAUGCAAAUGCGCUAAUAUUGUAUGUUACCAUUAAUUGGUAUGCCAUAAUCAACGACAUUGUUGCAACAAUGAUAAAGGAGAAUCAAUCUUUGCAAAUACCGGUAAUGAGUGAAGAGGUCCACACAAUGGGGUUGGAAGCUGAAAUCGCCCCGCCGUUACAUCUGCAGCGACUAGAGCGCAGUCUAAAUGUUCAACCUUUUUUAAACGAAAUCAACGAAUUGUUUCAAGAUCGCGUUAGUGAUGAUGAUAAAACGGAUGACUCAGACUCAUCAGAUGAAUCUGAAGAUUACCUCAACGAUGUAGUCUCGCGUAAAGAAGAUGAAAGAAUCGACAAACUUCGCUUAUAUAAUAUGAGCAGUGUUGGCGAAGAGCGAAGAUGGCUGCAGGACAUUUUACUUAGCGACUCAUCAGACAGUUCUGUGUCUGAAUCGGAUACAGAUGGUCCGAUUACGGAAGAAGAUUUUCAGGAUAUGUUAAAAUUUCACAUAUUGCGUAAAAAAUAUCAGGGUCGGUUUUACCAGAAGCCUGAGAAUAUACAAUAUCAGUAUUAUGGUGCUGGUUUGUUGUCGAGCUACGAUAAAUUUCCAGAGCAUCAGAAACUCAUUAUUGGCAAUAAAAAGAAAAAAGAGAAAAAACCGGAAAAGAGGGUUAUGAAGUUCAAAAAGGAGAAAACUGUUCGUCACAGGGCGACAAACGAAUAUAAAGAACAUGAUUAUCCAGAAGAUGAUUGGGAGCGUGUAGUACCGAAAGAGGAUGAAUUGGACGAAGCUGAAAUUGAUGCACUGAUUCAACAUCAGCCGCGACAACGAUGUAGAAAAAAACACAAUAACAAAAGUCCAGAGGUAAUGGCAAUUAGGAGAAGAAAAAUUUGGAUAAUGAUGUCGAAAAAAGAAUUGGGAAAAGUUCAAAGAGCGAAAACGAAUAAUCAUAAAGAAAUGUUAAUCAGUUGUAAAAAGGUUGCUCAGCACUGUAUGAAAUACUGCAGACAAAAAGCCAUGCAAAGCCAGAAAAACAUGAAGGAAACGAUAUGGCGUGCUAAAAGAUUGACUAGAGAAAUGCAGUCUUAUUGGAAACGUUAUGAUCGUGUCGAAAGAGAGACUAGACGGAGAUUAGAAAAGGAGGCCGAAGAGCAGCGUAAAAUGGAUGUGGAACUGAUUGAGGCUAAGCGGCAACAAAGAAAGCUGAAUUUUUUAAUUACACAAACGGAACUGUACGCUCACUUUAUGUCACGAAAAUUAGGAAAGGCAUCACCGGAAGAACAACUGCGAAUUCUCAAUCAAUUAGACGAAGAAAAAAAUCCCAGGCUCAUAGGACUUGACGAUUAUGACUGUGAACUGAUGAAACACAAGGCGAAGAAGAACGCAGUCGAAGCAUUUGACAGUGAGAGGGCGCGCACCCGCCAAUUUGAUACCGCAGCAGCCGCGCAAGAACUUCGUUUGAGUGAGACACCUGAAACUCUCGAACAUCCGCAGCCCGCCAUAUUUCAAGGCAAUCUAAAAGGCUACCAAAUGAAGGGCAUGAAUUGGCUCGCUAAUUUAUAUGAUCAGGGAAUUAGCGGUAUCUUGGCUGACGAGAUGGGUCUUGGAAAAACCGUUCAAUCGAUAGCAUUCUUGUGUCACGUCGCCGAAAAGUACUCUGUCUGGGGCCCAUUUUUAAUAAUAUCUCCAGCUUCGACUCUGCACAAUUGGCAGCAGGAGAUGGCGAGGUUUGUUCCAGAUUUUAAGGUAGUACCUUACUGGGGUAAUCCGCAGGAACGUAAAAUCCUAAGACAAUUUUGGGAGACCAAAGAUCUGCACACGAAAGAAGCGUCCUUUCACGUUGUUAUCACAAGUUAUCAAUUGGUCAUCACUGAUUACAAAUACUUCAAUAGAAUAAAGUGGCAAUAUAUGAUUCUGGAUGAAGCUCAGGCUAUUAAAAGCACAAGCAGUAUGAGGUGGAAGCUUCUGCUUGGAUUCAGUUGUCGUAAUAGACUGCUGCUGAGUGGUACGCCAAUCCAGAACAGCAUGGCCGAAUUGUGGGCCUUACUUCACUUUAUAAUGCCAACCCUAUUUGAUUCUCAUGACGAAUUCAACGAAUGGUUUUCUAAGGACAUUGAAAGUCAUGCAGAAAAUAAAACUGGGAUUGAUGAAAAGCAUUUAUCGAGAUUGCAUAUGAUUCUGAAACCAUUCAUGCUGAGGAGAAUAAAAAAAGACGUCGAGAAUGAGCUCUCUGAUAAAAUUGAAAUCAUGGUUUACUGUCCACUUACCACUCGACAGAAGUUGCUUUACAUGGCCUUAAAGAAGAAAAUCAGGAUAGAGGACUUGUUGCAUUACACGGUCGGUGGAGCAGACGCAGUACCAAACGACAAGAAUUUUACAUCAAAUUUAAUGAAUUUAGUCAUGCAAUUUCGCAAAGUCUGCAAUCAUCCGGAAUUGUUCGAACGAAGAGACGCGAAGUCCCCGUUAUUUCUGAACGUGGAAAGCUAUGAAAUGCCAGCACUUGUAUACAACGAGGGAUUGGUAAAUACAUCAUUGCUGUCGAAAGCUCAUUUACUCUUCAACAAGCUGUGCAUAUUUGCAACAGAGUACAUACAUCGGUCGCUUCAUCAGGCAACUGAAAAUCCAACCGAUACUUGUUUUUCGUUCACAAGAUUUAUCGGCCUGUCUCCUAUGGAGCUCAACAAGAUUUUCGUAGCCGGUAUACUAUUCAGAUGGGCUUACACAGUGGCAAUGAAAAAUAAAACUCAGGUCAAACGAUAUUGGGAAGAUUGGUGGGUUGAUGACAAAAGAAUACCACCAACCAAUCUUACGAUACUUGUCAGUUCAAAAUUAGAUACCAAUUCCAAUGUCAUAGACGAUUUGAUCUUCACAAAAGACAUCUCCAGAGGGGAGGCUUUUUAUACACAUGCCACGCACAGUAUUCACUCUAUGCCAGAGACUAUUGCUCAUCGAAUACUACGUAGCAGUAAGCAGCUCUCAAGCCAACUCAUUAAGUGGCCGUUGAUGUCCUUGAAGACAGAAUAUGGCGAGGAUACCAAGCUGCCGCUCUUGCCAGAACAUCCUCAUAAACCUAGAUCACCCAUAACAAGACCCCUUCAACGUACUACGUUACCUGCUUUUGUCUGUGAUAAUAAUCCUAAGAUACAAGCUAGUCCAAGAAAAUUAUAUGUAAGUAGUAGCAGCGCAGCGUCUGCGUGGCGACGCCAUGAGGAAUGUGGCGGUGUAAUAGGUCAGCGCAUGCUGUGGCUUGGCUGCGAGCGAGCUCUCCUCUGUCCUCCGCAUAGCAUGUCCAUGGGCUCUCGCAUAGCGGUCCCCAGUACCUUCUCCUACAACCCUCCAGGUGGCUUGUUGGCCUGCACUCCAAUAAAUGGGUGGUCAAAUAUCAUCAUACCUGAUAAACAAACCCUCGUCACCGAUGCUGGGAAACUCUCCGUUUUAGACAGCCUUUUACGGCGACUCAAGGAGCAGGGUCACCGUGUUCUCAUCUAUUCCCAGAUGACAAAGAUGAUCGAUCUUCUCGAGGAAUACAUGUAUUAUAGAAAACACACUUUCAUGCGACUGGAUGGAUCGUCGAAGAUAUCUGACCGCAGAGACAUGGUUGCCGACUUUCAAAAACGGGCUGACAUAUUUGUCUUCUUGCUCAGUACCAGGGCUGGCGGUUUAGGAAUCAAUCUCACGGCCGCGGAUACGGUUAUAUUCUACGACAGUGAUUGGAACCCUACCGUCGAUCAGCAGGCCAUGGACAGGGCUCACAGACUUGGUCAGACGAAGCAGGUCACCGUUUAUCGGCUCAUUUGCAAGGGGACCAUAGAGGAACGCAUCCUUCAACGGGCCAGGGAGAAGAGCGAGAUUCAACGCAUGGUAAUCAGCGGUGGUAAUUUCAAACCGGACACCCUGAAGCCGAAGGAAGUUGUCUCUCUGCUACUCGACGACGAGGAAAUAGAAGCGAAAUAUAGCCAACGGAGCGAAGAGCGUAAGCAGCACAUGGAAGAGAUACGGCACACUGAGCCGACGAGCCACAAGGAGAAGGACCGGAAAAGGAAGCUAGCCUCGCUUCCGGUCAAGAAUGACUCGAAGAGAUCCCACCUUGAGGACGGAGUAAUCGUCGAUGAAGCCUCCGAUAUCUUCGACGACAGUGCACCCGCUAGUCCAGCUAGAUCAGAGGUGUCUCAGGGCAGCGCCUACAUCCCUCAGGACGACACGAGCAACGAAGGACUCGUCGUCGAUGUCGACGGACCCGUCUCGACGCCCGUCCAUCACCCCCAAGUCCACGCCACCCUCCCGACGCCCGGGCCGAUCGAACCCCCUAAGGUGUCGCGACUCACCCACCACUUCACCUUCGCCGGCUCGGUCGGAUCUCGGGUCCGUCCCGCCGGACGAGGAACCAACAAACGGGGUCGUCCCCGGGGCUCCCGGAGGGGUGGACCCAUCGGGGGCAAAGGACGGGGUCUCCUGCUCCUGCAACCCCCCGCGAGCCAGUCGUCGACUGCGCCCCAGGGGGACGCGGCGGCGAACCUGACGUCUGUCCAAUCGCCGCACGGAAGCUCAGUUCCCGUUCCGGCAGACGGCGACGGUCCCAGCAGCGUCGGUCCGUUGGGUCCGGUCGCACCUCUGAUGACUCGAGGAGGAGGUGCGACGGUUCGGCGCGGUCCUGGAAGGCCGCGCCUGAGGCCAACGGGUCCCGGAAACCAGGGAUACCGGGGUCACGGGAGUCACCACCACGCCAAGAGGGCCCAAAGGCCUCUUCCGGUACCUCUUCGUUCGCACCAGCUCGCGGCGUUACCCCCUCGAACUUCGGCGCCAUCCUCGUCGCAAACACCGACCUCCUCGGAGUCGCGGCCCUUCGGGUUCUACACGCAACACCAACGGACCCCACCACGUGGCUCAUAGGCCGCAAGUCGAACCCCGUCGUCUCUAAUAGGAUGUGACGGCUUCCGCGCCGUUGAGUGAUUGAGUUUGACUGAUUGAGACAUUCGCUGUGGCGGAGAGAGCCGAUUCGGAGCCGCGUGUUGUAUCUUCCUCGAAUCUCUGCUUAAAAGCCAACGGGAUCUCGGAGGAAGAACAGACUGCGACGCUCUAUUAGGGGGGCAUAAAAAAUUAACGAAUAAGAUUAAGAUGUGUAGAUAAUCACGUUGUUCGAGGUUUAAGUCUCUGUUGAAGAACGCGAUCAUUUUGGAAGAUGACGAGGAGAAGAAGAUACAGAGUGAGAAAUUUACGCGUCUCGGUAUGUUUCAAUUUUAGAAAAGGACAAAAAAUCUGAACGCGUUCUACGGCAUUGUGUGGAACUCGGAGAUCUCAAACAAUCGGAGGAUGGUCACAGCUGGGUUUCAAUUAAAAAUAUCUCUUCUUUUUCUUCUGGAAUUUGGUGGAGCUGGCUCGAUCUUUGAUUCGUCGGUAGAUUUUUCGGUAUUUAGGGAAAAAACAACGACUCGGGUGUGAACGCGGUAACGUCUUCAAACGGAAUCGUGUGUGUUCAAUUUGACUCGUUGGCAUAAUAUACUCGGGCAAUAUGCAGUUAUAGUUCGUGCAGCCCGCUACUUUUGUUUCAGUAAAUUGUAAAAUAUUCAAUUUUCAGGAAGGAAGUGGUCGGGGGAGUUGUACUUUGAAUAUAAUAGGUUAUCAUCAUCGUUUUUAUUUUUUUUCUACCUGUUUGUGAGAUUCAGAUUUAUUCGAUGUAUUAGUAACGGAUAAGUUUCAGCAUAUAAAUUGAGUACUUUGAUAUUUCUUACCAUGCAAGGACGUUGGAAUGUGACUGUCAUGAAAUUAUAUUUGUAUAAAAUAAUGCGGUAAUUUAUUAUGAACAAAUAAACAAAGUAAUACACAGAUGCAUGUUAC